CCAUCACUACAAAUAAUCAUCAUAGAAUUUUAUCUAUGGUCAUAGAGGAUACAGGGGAUACAGAUGUUAGUUACAGGCCCACAGACUUGUUAGGCCAGAGUUCCGUAUAAAAUACAUACAAGACUAAUGACUAUAGUUCACUUUAGUGAGUUUUAUUCAUUUUUAUUAUUCAGUAGUGCGAAGUGGAUAUAUAUUUCUAAUUAAUAAUUAUUAUCAAUCAUAAAACUAUGACUAAGGAAGAAAAAUAUUCACAUCUUCGUAACACUCUGAUAGGUAUUUCUUGCCGUGAUAACGAGUUGAAUAUUUUAAAACAGCACUUUAGAAAUGAAAUUUUUUCCGACAGAAGGUACGACAGGAUUCAUAAUCUUAUGAAUCUUAUCAAGAUAUUAGAAAAACGAGACGUUAUAAGCCCUAACGAUAUCAGCUCCUUAGGAUACAUUGCAAAUGUAUUGCAAAAUAAUGAUAUAAUCGAGCUGAUUAAUCAUUUUAAUGUACCUACACAAGCCGAACCAGUUAGGCAAAAUGUUGCUGCACCGGUUGAACCCAUGAACCAAAAUGUUGGCCCUGCAAAUAAUAUUGGUAGAGUUCUACCAGUAAUAGACACGGAUCCCACAGGAAGGGUGUAUGAUCUCAUCUGUAGAGAAAUAGGCCAGAAAUGGAAAGAUUUUGCAAGAGCUCUAAAAAUCGGAGAAGGAUAUAUAGAUCAGUUAGAAUACCAACACCGCAGUAAUAUAGAAGAAAUAACUCGACAAGUUAUCAUAUACCACAGACAAAUUUGUGAUCCUCCAUAUUGGAAAUAUAAGCUUACGCAAGCACUAGAUGAGGCUCGCCGAAAAGAUUUAAGUAUGAAAGUCCAAGAAAUAUUUGCCAUGUACAGCUCUCUGUAACAUAUUUUGAACUUUACUCACAAUGUGACACGAUUUUUAACAGCAUUUUUCAAUGUAAAAAUGCAAAUAAGUGAAAAAUGCCGUUAAAUUUUACUCUCUAACUUCAAGUGUGCUAAUUCGGGAGAUGAUUUGAUUAUGUGAUUGUUACAGGUAUGUAUCUAGUGUAGUGUAUUAAUGUAUGUGAUUAUUUGUGUUUAUAUUCAUUGAAUCUCCCGACUUAAUAAACUAACUAUAGUUAUAUAAUAUAUAAUUCUGCUAUGGAAUUAUAAUUUGUCUAAUAUUUAAAUGCACCCGUCUGUGUUGCUUUAGAUAUUAGCUAUUAUAUAUAUUCAUAACUGGUACAAGAUGAUAAAUAUGGUUGUAAAACAUUAAUUUUAUUAAGAAUGCUGUAAUCAAAAAUUCUUCAUUUUUACUCAUAGAUUUGGAAUGCUUUGAUAACCAAUUAUAGGUUAUCUGUUCAGCCCGAAGUUUUGAUGCAAAUUCACUAUAUUAUUAUUAUUAUUAUUAUUUUAUUAUUCUCAAUAUUGAUUGGGAACAUUAUACAAGGAAACAUUUUUAACAUAGUUUUUUAAUGUGAUUUUAAUGUAACCGAUGAAAAUGGUAAUAACCACUAAAAUUGAGUAGAAAUUAGUGAUUGGCAGAUGCAAGUAUUUCUUAGAAUCAAGUACUGGGUUCUCGGAUACUUCUAAGAAUCAAAUGAUUAUCUGAAUACAGUGAAUCGAGAACCGAGUGCCAAACGAAAGAUUGAACGUUGAAUGAAGAACGUUUUUAUUAUAUCAAGUUUUGUGCAGAAUUAUUUAAAUUUGCUGCUUUUCAAAUACAUUUUCCAACAAAGUUUAUUAUUUCAAUGUGUUCUUUCCUUUGCAAUAAGUAUUUUUAAAAUCAUAAACAAUAUGUGGGUAGAUGCAGAAUAUUUGACAUUGUUUGUGUUUACGAGUCAUCCGUUUAUUCAAGUCAAUGGUUUUUAAUAACCACCGUGGACUAAAAGUAUUUCAAUUCUUUCGAUUUAUUCGAUACUUACGCUAAGUCAGUAGUUGAUUUAAAUUCAUUCGAAUAUUUCCCGCACUCGAGAACUCGACACCUCGCAUGAUAUUUUGUAGGUAACCUGGCAACUAUCGAGAACUAAAAGUAUUUGAGUACUUUCGGCAAGUGUUCGAGAACAGCGAGUGCUUUUAAGAGAUUUAAGAAUCGGCUGGUACUUUUUUUCAUUUGAAUUCUCCCAUCACUAGUAGAAAGAAGCAAAAGUAAAUAUUUUGUAUCAUAUUGCUGCCCUCUUUUUCAUUUGCUAUUUGUAUGUAUUAAUAAAGAUUAUUUACACCAUUUUGGCAUACCUAAUAAUAUGAGUCAUAUAUCCAGCAGUUAAAAGGAUUAUCAUGAAAUAUCUAUAAACUGGUUUGCUGUUUAAUGAUAACUGUUGUGAUAAUCAGUAGAAAGUUGCAAUGUGAUUUAUUUUUAGUGAAAAAUUACUCAACAUUUGAGAUUUUAAUUUAAGCGAAAUAAUGCAGUGUCAGCUAUAGCCUGUUGAUAAAUUCCUGCAACCUAGCACUUAUCUUAACAAAAACAAACAGAAUGUAUUUCCUAAAAAAAACAAACAGGAUACAUUUCAUUAAUAACAGGUCUUUGAAUCAAUAUUUGCUUUAAAAAUUUUAGCCAGUUUUUAUUUGUCUAGUAUGUGUUUAUUUUAUGUCUACAAAGGAUAAUUGCAGCAGAUAAUAGAGACAAGUAGAAAUAUAUAGAUCUGAAAUAAAUAGUAUCUUGCAUUAUUUGAGGAUUAGUGUAAGGCUACUUUUAUCUGUUUGGUGAAAAUUAAAAUGGUAAUAUUUUUAUAAGGAAAUGUAGGAUCUAACUUUUUUUGAAGAUGGUUCUAAGCCCACAUAGGCAUGAACAAAUUUUUACCCGUUAACGCCUGAAGGGACAUAUUUUUUUUUUAUUUUUCAACAGCUGCAAUGAAAAAAUGAUCGUAAAAAAAUAAAAAAAUUAACAUUUCCGACAUAAAAUCAUCUGAACUUUCAGAAUAUGUGAUCAUAUUCCUCAAAAAAGACCGAAUUUUUCACUUAAAAUUUUUUUUCAAACGAUUUCUGCAUUGAAAUCGGAUAAGGAUGAAGUGGACUGAAAAUAUCUUGGCAUACGACCCUAAACUUGAAGAUGCAUGCAUCCAAAAAAUUUUUUUUGAGGCCUUAGUGACCAAAAUGCCGGUUCAAAGGAAAAAACCUCAAAAUUUUUAGGAUUUUUUUUUUUCUUGAAAAUGGUGGAGCUUCCGAAAAAAUUUUAUAGAUAAAGUUGUUAAAAUUAUGCAAAGAAACCGCUCAAAUUUUUGUACAAUUUUUUGAGACUCAAAUUUGGCUGUUUUUUUAAAAUUCCAAAAAUUCUGAAAAAAUUUGUGUAUUCUCAUGAAUUUCAAGAACUUUUUGUUCUAUAAAAUUUUUUCUGAAACCCCGUAAUUUUUUAAUUUUUUUACAAUCUUUUUUUUCAUUGCCAUUGAAAAAUGAAAAAAAAUACGUCCCUUUAGGCGUUAACGGAUUAAAUGAAAUUUGUUAUAUUAAAAAUAUAAAUGAAUGUGGCCGACGUUGAGAUCUCAAGAAUGGUUGCAUAUAAAUACCAAAUUUUUUAGAUACAACCAAGUCCUUUUUUAUUUUUUGCGACAUUACAUUUUCUUUGUAGUUAUAUCUAAUUACAUUUUAAUUUGAUAUUAAUAUUCCAUUGUACAUAUUUUAUAGUAAUUGUAACUAAAACACAUCAAAAUUUUGUAAAAUAUAUUUUACACAUAUUUUAUAAGAAAUAAAAAUGAGUUUCGAGAUUUCAGGGUCGGAAAUCUUUGUUUUCUUCAUAAUGAAAGUUCUCUAUGUGAGCAUAGAAAUGAUUCUUUAAAAAGUGACAUGGUUUCCACGUUCCAUUGGUGUUAAGAUACUAAUUUUUACUAACUUAAUUCAGUUUUCAAUUUGUUUUAUGGCUUUUGACAAAAAUAUUUGUGAUAAAAUAAAGUGAUACAUCACAUCAAAUGCAGAACAUUACAAUGGCCUUUUUAUAAAUUAUUCUGAAAGAAAAUAGAAGGUGCUCUAUGAUUUUAUUAGGAUUAUAGGUUUUUUUUAUGUUAUUGACUUUUGUUUAUUUUAAAUAUAUUCAGCUAAUUAAAAUAUAUAUAAAAAAAAUCUUCAAAAUUUAUUAAAGAAAGUCAAUGUUCUUUUAUAUCAAAAACCUAAGUAUGCGAAAGAUAUCUAACCUCAUAGACAUGAUUCUUAACCUAUGAUAUUGUGGGAAACUACUGCCCUCUGGGAAAUAUCUAGAGAACAGCUAUAGUAAUUAACUAAAACAAGAAUUGAAAAUUAUCUUAUAUAUUUAAAUAUUAUUAAUCGAAAAUCACGAAGCUGACAUAUCGAAAUCAUGUAGUCUUUCACAGAAAUAUCUUACUUUUGUUAUUCUGACGUCACCUUUGACACAAAAUAACGCAUAAAUAUAGCCACGAUAGAUAAAUUUGAGCUAUUUCUACAUUUUGACAAUUGAUUUUAAUUGCCUAUUUAAGUGGCCACAUUUUAUAUGGAAUUAAUGAAUAUUAAUAAGAAAAUUAUACAUAAAACACAAAACUUUUGAAAAAUUUAUAUAUUGAAAUAAAAAUAUUACCUAAAUGUAAUACUUAAAAUACUUAAAUGUUGCUCUUUGUCAAAGGUGAUGUUAGAACAUGAAUUUUAUUUUUUUUAAAGAUUAUUUUAUUUCAAUAUAUCAAAUUUGUGUUUUUCAAAUAAGUCAUAUUCAGAUACAUACAUCAUUUUUAAUUUUUACUACCUUUCUACAUAACUUGCUUGUAGGUUUUUAAUAUUAAAAAACAUUGACAUUUGAUAAGAUUUUUAGGAUUUUUUUUCAAUUUAUUUUUAUAUAAUAAAAUAAAAUAAAAGAUUGAUUGUAUUUUAACAUUGGGGUCCUUGUUUUUUAAUUUUAUAUUAUCGUUUAAUUUGUUGUUGAUUACUGUAAUAUAUUUAUCAAAUAAAAUGUAUUUUUAGACCUUUAAUUCAUUGUUCUCUAUCCCAUCCGACACCAAGAUCUGGCUACAGUCGUAUUCUGAUUCAUGUAUUAAUGUUUUUUUAAUAUUGCAAUAAUGUACCUACAAUUAAAAAUUGUAACCAAGUUUAA